AUGAUAAAGGGAAUAGGCGAGGGCAUGAAGGCAACCAGACAUCCAGCGACACCGACAGUAAGGCAACUCAUGUGCCUCACCACAUGGGCUGAAGCCCAGAAUGGUAGAGGGCAGCACCAAGAUCACAACGGACACGGGUGGGACAUCCGGCUAGCGGUUCCUGGAGAACCGGGCAGUUAUUACGCUGACCUGGAAACGAACUGUCAAGUAUUUAGAGUAUGCACGGUUGGAUCAACAUACGGCUUCCAAUCCUUCCUCUGUCCAAAUGGAACAUUAUUCAACCAGGCAGUCUUCGUGUGUGACUGGUGGAUGAACGUCGACUGUCAGAACUCUCAACAGUUCUUCAACAAUAACAAUGAUAAGUUCGAAAACCUUCGGCUAGGACCACAACUCAUGAAAGACAUAAAGAAGAUGCUCACACAUCCAAUGUUGAACCCUUAUGACAAGAAUGCGAUGAAAAGCAAUCUCAUCGUAAUGCAGGACUACAAGCCACCCUUUGGUCAACUGUUCCCAAAUGGAGCGUUACUAGCUGGACCUGAGAGGGCUCCAAAUAACGUCUAUGUUCCUGCAAAACAAAUACAACAAAAUCUAAUUCAGGGCAACCAAAAUGAUUACGCAUUUUCUGCAUCAACACCUGAUCCAAGAUACAUCCCUGCUCCUCUAAACUUUGUGCCAUUACAAAGAGAUACAGAACUAUUCCAAAGGCAAAGACAAAAUGAACCUUUUAAUUCAGUUAAUAGUAUCCAAAACGCUAGAGUGCAAACGACACAAAUAUCGCAGACUGGAAACCUAAUUUCUAACGGCCAUGCGGGUAGAUUAACACAAAAUUCUAAUGGAAACUUUGUCAAUAAUAAUGGAUACGCACAAGCACCACGACCAACACAAUUAACUAACACUUUCUCACAGAGACAAACAUCACAAGUAGUAAACAACAACCAGGGCAAUACACUACCAAACCAAAGAGUUCAGAACAACAGACCACGUACACAGUAUUCUGAACCCAGAAGACUCCCUCAAACGAAUAAUGAUGUACCAUUUUCGAAAAUCCAAAACAAUGGAAACAAUAACCAAAAUAAACAACCAUAUACAUACAGCCCGCCGACUACAAAUAUUCCAAAAUAUUCAAAUAACUUAGAUAACCCAGCUGGUAGGGAACUAAAAGAAAAUCUGGUAAGUACCAUCAAAGAUGUUCCAUCAACUGUUAUUACAAAAACUUUAACGUACAGUAGACUUGUGCAAGAACCGAAGCCAGGUAAACCAAAAUCUAGAAUAACAGUCAAAACUUGGAUUGUUAAACCGACCAAAGCUGCUAAACUUAUAGCAGAACCGACCCCCUAUACGUAUUCAAGGCCUUCAGCGCCUACCCCUUCUUCUCCAUCCCCUACAGCUAGGCUCAUAGAGGAAAAUACUCCAUAUGUUUAUGAAAAGCCAACUGUUUCACCUCAAACUGAGAGAAUCGUCUCACAAGAACUGGAUUCUGAAUUAGAAUCUGAAGAACCGUAUGUGUAUUCUAGGCCGACGCCUGCUGCUAAACAGAUUGAAACCACAGAGAUACAAACAACACGAAUUUUCAUUGCUCCCUCAACAACUUUGCCAACUCGUCCCACGUUUUCUGGACGAUUAAACUUGCCACAAACUUCUCCUCUUCCAACGAAGGCUUCUCGUUUGUAUCUGACUCCGUCACCAUUUAUGUCAACUGCUCGAUUCUAUCUACCACCACCACGAAACCCGACCACACUUCCUCGAUUAUAUUUACCGGCAAAUAAUAUUCAGCAACCCUAUUAUUAUCAAAGUUCUCAAUUGCGAGCCUCGCCGACCAUACCCACAUCCACCAUUGUAGCUUUUACUGAAAAUGUAAACCAAACUCCAUUUUCUGUAUCCAGACAAUCUCGAAUCAAUUCGAACAAUCAAAAUUUGACCUUUACUGAUAUACUAACUAAAGAAAAGCUUGACAUAACUGUUAAUGAUAUAGUAAAAGAUACAGAUGAUAUUUUGAAAACUGCAUCUCCUCCCCAAUACACACAAUAUCGAAAAGAAUUCAAAUCUCUCGAAUACCCAGAAAACUAUUCAUCGUCCAGAACAACCACUGACAGCGGUGAAAAUUUGACGUCCCAAGUUCCAACACAAACCACAACGGUCACUUCACAAAGUUCUCGAAUCGUAGCAACACCAGCGACCAGUCUGCAACCUCCAAACGAAAACUUUAUAUUCCAAAACAAUAAUCGACUCUCGAACUUACCCUUCUUCAAAGAAACAGGCAUACCAAACACAAUAGAGCGCACGGUAUCAAUAAAAAUAACCAUCCCUGAGAGAAUAGCUGCAUUCCUUUUCAAAAACCGCAGUGAUUCUGAUUAUGACAAGUUAGAAAUACUGAAUACUGGAAGCAGCAACUACUUAGUUAUGAGUAACAACUUAUUAACGAAAAGUAAUGCGUUCAACUUCAUUCCCAUAGCAAAAUUAAUUGGAAACCAACAUUCAAACAACUUUUCUGAUUCACAGGCACUCGUGUAUUCAUUUUUGACUGACUCUAUCAACGUAGCGAGAGAAUACAACAACAGAGCACAACAAGAGAUAAUAUCAUCUACAUCGACACCCGCACCACCACAAUUCCAGAACUUGAACAGUGAGAAACUAUCACAAAUUACAAAUCAAAUAUCACAGCUUACCUCCUCACAAUACUCUAAUAACAACCUCAACAGCUUUGGAACUAACGCAAAUAUUAUUCCAACACCAAAAACGAAUACUAACCAACUUUCCAACCAAUUUACAGCUAAUGCAAAAUACACCGACGAAAGUAGUCAAGCUCAACAAGUACGCACUAAUCAAUUCACACCCUCACAACAAUCUCAAGGUGAAUUUUACUCAUCACGCAUACAAGUUCCUAACACUCAGUCAAAUAUUCUUAGCACCCAAAACUUAUACAGUGGUCAAUUAUAUCAAUGGUCUGUUCCAGAUGUCACACAAAUCUUCAACAAUCCGAGCGCAGCAAACAUCGUAAAUCCUAGCAACAUACAACAGCAGACUACACAAAUGCUCACUUUACAACAAAACACAAAUCAAAACAGUCCGAAGCAAUCAAGCCCUCAAUACGAAGUUGUUAAAGCUGAAACUAUAGCUUUAAAUCCAGCCAAACUGCAACUAGAACCGCCUAAUGAACCUGAACAAUUUAACAGUCAAGAGACUCUCAAUAGAAUAUUGAACAGUGGAAAUGGUAUUUCAGCACAACUACAAGAUAAAAUUGUCAGCACAAUCCCACACCCAUUAGAAGAAAAUAAAUUGCUCACAUAUAAAAAAGAUCAGUCAUACUACCUUUACACUAAAUUAGAAGAUAACACUAUUGAACAAAAUUCCCAAACAAACCAGCAAAGCAAUUCACAAAUCAAUACUGCACAGAAUGCUAAAUUUGUUGAGGGUACAAACAAUAACAUGGCUAAUUUAGUUUCUUUUCAACUUAUACCGUCAGUUAGUUAUGAAUUGGAGGAUGAGAAAGAACAGCAGAAAUUCCUUAAUGCCUUCCAAAUUGAUGAGUUUGGAGCUCCAAGAGACAUUACGAAGAGUGAAAAGGUAAAUCAAGGACAGAUAAUGACUUCUAGCGUUGAUUACUCCGUAGAACAUCCUACGACAGUUAAACAAAAUGAACAAUACGUAAUAAACCCUCUUUACUCUGGUCCCUCCUCAUACACUGCCCCUCAAUCUUCGGUUGGCAGUUUAGAAUCUAGACAGAUCCAACAAAAUAACUUUAAUUCCAGAUUAGAAGAUUUUGAGAGUAGUAAUCAUAAUGGAUACCCUAAAGAACGACCGGCACGCCAUUUUUUUUCUUGA